AUGAUUCACCAGCAAUCGAGGAGUAUAUCAUUCCAGUCGAUAAAGUCUCUUUUCAAAUCGACUAGACCCACGCCAGCCACGGAAUUACAACAGCCAUUGACUUCAUUGCCAAAUGCUACAGGUAACGGGGCUUUCGUGGAGCCAAUAAGCUUCCAAGUCCUGGGAGCUUCUUCAAACCUUUUGAACAUCAAGCUGCCAAGGUCGUCAAUUCUGAAUAUACGCUACUCCAACUACCAGCAAAAAAUAAUUGCAAUCAAUGGUCACAUUAAUUCGAUGUAUACAGAGCUUGCCAGGUCCAACGAGAACAACCUCAUUUUCCAAAGGUGCUUCAACCAGUCCGAACCGAUGUCUCUGUUGAUGUCUCUAAAUGCGCAAAAUGCAAAUUUUGCCGUGCUCAACACCCUGAAAUUCAACUGGAUCAUCAAAAGAUCAUCGCUAUUCGCAUGGUCGGGGCCUUCGAUCAAGCCAGCCUCAUCGGAUGCAGAUGCCAAUUUGAUCCAGAUGAACGGGGAAGGAACCUUUGUUGUUGCAACCCCGGGACAAAUAAUACAGAUAAAUCUUUCAGAAAAUGAAUCCUUACAGGUCAACUCCAAGUCUCUCGUUGGAUACAGCACAACUAACGAUAAGCUUUCGGAUUCCAUAGCCGAAUUGAACAACGGUGUCAAGAGCGUUGUAGAUGUCAGCGUGAAAAAGGCACCGCUUUUUCUGAGGCUCAACUGGAUGAGACGCUAUUUUUCCGUGCCGGAGAAGUUUUGGAACGAGCCAACUGUUCAUCAAAUCACCCAAACUCUAAGUUCUAUGUCGAGAGCUCUAAAAACAUUUUUCAACUACGUUAGAGCAAAGCUAAUAAGCUCCAAAAGAUCGGGUUACUUUAUUGACGUGAAGGGACCAAGGACAGUCUUCCUGUCGAAUGCAGUUAACGUCAAUGAUCAAAUAUUAACUGACAGUGAGCUCAAAAAACUUUUGUCCUAA